AUGAGUACCACUUCUAGUCGUACUAGUAAAAGGUAUUCUGUAAAUGCUCUCUAUUCAAUGGCCGCUGAACAAGAUGUUGAAGUUGAAGAUGAUCUGGCCAGAGCUCAAAAACGUUUAAGGGAAUUAAAAAGUCGAAUUUCGGCACAAUCCAAAAAAAAUUUUGUUCUGGAAAGAGAUGUUCGAUAUUUGGAUUCACGUAUAGCAUUAUUAAUUGCGAACCGAAUGGCAUUAGAUGAGAAACAAGAAGUAGAAAGUACGUUUGAGGAUACAGAUUCAUCAGAGGGUACUUUUCCAGAUGAUCGUAAAAUGCAACAAUACGGCAAUCUGUUUUUCUUGCUUCAAACAGAACCGAGACAUAUUGCGGUUUUAUGCCGCCUGGUCAGUCUUACAGAAAUUGAUACUCUAUUACAGACAGUUAUGUUCACACUAUACGGAAAUCAAUACGAAAGUAGAGAAGAACAUUUAUUAUUAACGAUGUUUCAGUCAGUACUUUCAGCACAAUUUGAGACCACGUUAGAUUUCAACUCCCUACUUCGAGCAAACACACCAGUUUCACGAAUGAUGACAACAUAUACUCGACGAGGACCUGGACAAAGCUAUCUUAAGUCAGUCCUUUCAGAGCGAAUUAACAAUUUAAUUGAGCACAAGGAACUAAAUUUGGAAAUUAAUCCGUUAAAAGUUUAUCAACAAAUGAUUAAGAAAAUCGAAGAAGAUACCAAUUCAUUGCCACAGGGAUUGCCACGUGCGGUUACACCAGAUGUAGCAGCAGCAAAUACUGAUGUUCAGGCCAUGAUAGCACCACGAAUAAAAAUGCUCAUGGAAAUAGCAAAUUCUUUCCUUAAUACAAUAAUAGAAUCUAUAGACCAAGUUCCAUACGGCAUUCGCUGGAUCUGUAAGCAAAUUCGUUCAUUAACAAAAAGAAAAUAUCCUGAUGCUAAUGAAUUUGCCAUCUGUUCACUUAUUGGCGGAUUUUUCUUUUUACGGUUCGUAAAUCCAGCCAUAGUAACACCGCAAGCUUAUAUGUUAAUAGAAGGAAUACCCGGAACUCAUCCAAGACGUACUUUGACUUUGAUUGCAAAAAUGUUGCAAAAUCUUGCAAACAAACCUUCUUAUGCAAAAGAAGAAUAUAUGAGUAUGCUAAAUCCAUUCGUAGAGAAUAAUAAGCAGAGAAUUAAUAAAUUUUUGAUGGAUUUGUGUGAAGUAGGAGAUUUUUACGAAAGUCUAGAGAUGGAUCAAUACAUGGCAUUGUCUAAAAAGGAUUUGGUUCUAAAUAUCACAUUAAACGAAAUAUAUAAUACGCACGCCUUGUUAAUUCAACAUGAAGAAGUUUUGGCACCAUCAGAAAAAAGUCAUUUGCAUAUACUUUUGGAUGAUAUCGGUCCCGCUCCUCCUCAAGUACCUAGGAAGGAAAACAAGACAAUAGAACUUCCAUUAUUCAGUCGUUGGGAGACACCCAUAAGAGAUCUUGCUUCGGCUCUCAUGUCUGAUAGUAGUGUCACACAAUAUGACAUUUUAUAUAUGGAGACUAAGUCUAUUUUUGUACAACUCAUUCGUUCUAUUCCACGAAUAUCGGAACAAAAACAGAUAGAUCUACCUACGAUUGCUGAAACAGCGGCUACUACCAAAGAUGCUACUUUAGUUCGCAAAGGAAUAAAAGUCAAAGAAAUGCUACGUGAACUCGAGGAAGUUCAGAUAAUGGACCGUGAAGAUGGGUAUCGUCUUAUGACAGAAGAAGUUGCUCAAGAGUUGGCACAUCUUGGUAAUCUUCGCGAGAAAAUCACUGAAGAAAUUCGGUCUCUUGAAGCAGUUUAUAAAACUAUAUGCGAUCACAAUAAUUACCUUAGAAGUCAACUGGAUAGUUAUAAAGCAUAUUUGCAGAACGUGAGACAACAGACUUCAACCGAUCUUACUAGUACAAGUGUAGUUAAAGUAGGGGACAAAGAGAAAAAACCAGCAAAAAUGAAAGUUUUAGGUCCAUAUAAAUUUUCUUAUGCUCAAUUGGAAAGAGAUGGGAUCAUUGUGGAGAGUAAUGUUCCAGAUAACCGGCGGCAGAAUAUCUAUUUCAAUAUCACUUCACCAAUUCCUGGUACCUUUAUCAUUGCAUUACAUUAUAAAGGGAGGGAUGCUGCUAUCUUGGAAAUGGAUCUUAAGUUAGACGAUCUUUUAGAAAAGCAACAAGAUAAUGUUAUGUCAUUGGAUCUUGAAUAUGUGCAGUUAAACGUUCCCAAGAUAUUACAGUUAUUGAACAAGACAUUUGCUAAGCGAAAGACGUAG